AACCCCAAAAACCCUUCUUCUUAAUAAGUAACUGCCGAUGCGAUGCAGACAGGUGGGUUACCUUGUUUAAGUCGAAUAGUGCAUACCUGUCCUACACAUUAACAGCCCUGUGUGCUGCAUGCUUCUCUUCUCGAGAUUGCUUCAAGUUCCAUUCACUUUUUACUGUAAGGGCUGCCUUCAACCGAUCCAUCUCUCUCCCUCUUUUUAUCUCUGGGAUUCAGCGAGGAAUUUAAGGCGUGAAUUAUCCUAAAAAUCGAUAAAUGAUUUUUUAGAAUAUAGAUUUUAAUUUGUGAAUCUGGGUGACAUUUGGCCAUUGAAUAAUGUGAACACCGUAUUUCAGAACUUCGGAACAAACAAGGUGACAUAAUAUAAAUUCGUGCUAGUGUAUGUAUCGAUAUUUUGCUCACUUAGCAAGAUGUAAAUCAAUCGUGGUACAAAAUUGAGACAGAAUUGUUAAGUAAAAACCCGUGCGUGGAUUCGACAAGUGUAACCUGGAUCACUUUUUGUUGGACCUAAGCAAUAGAUUAAAAAGGGAUCAAAUGACGACUUUCCGGCACAAAGAAAUGAUUAAGCACGUGAAGAACAAGAGGAAAACUAAUAUGAAAUUGAAUCGCUUUUACAAAGGACUUUUACUGCCAACCUCAUGCUUACUAAUUUUGGCUAUCCUGCUGCCAUGCAAUUUUGUGAAUGGAAUGGUUGAAGUUCCGAAUGAUGAGGAGUGGGUGAGUUGUGGCGAGUUUAAGGAAACGGCACAAUUGGCACAAUGUCUCUGCUAUGUGUCGGAAGAUGAGGGGUUCAAGGUUAAUUGUGAUCAUGUCGUUUUCCCCACGGAUUUUCCACUCUUGCCAUUCCGUCAACCCAUUACGUACUUUUCUCAGAGAUUUGUCAAUUACCAGACAUUACCGCCACAGGCCUUCCUUGCCAGCGGCGUCCCCCUUCAGACGCUCGAUUUAUCAAAUAAUUGGCUUCGUCGUCUUACCGAAAAAUCGUUGGAAGGGCUGACCGAGUCUCUCGAAAUUUUGGAUUUAAGUCAGAACCGCUUUGGUGACCAGCUCAACCCAAUUUUUAGUACGACCGAGUUCAAGCGUCUCCCUCGACUUCGUGCCUUAACGCUGGGAAAUAAUAUGCUCUCUCACUUGGAUGGAGGAAUAAUAGACAAUGCCCUCAGUUUGGAAGAGUUUUACUUGGAUCACAAUGAACUCAAGGGAGUCCCUUCGAAAUCUUUGAAGGGACCAAAUGCCUUAAAAAUUUUAGACUUGAGCUACAACCAAAUUGAUGAAUUAAGACCGGACGAUUUUGCUCAAGCAGUUUCUCUCAUCAUGGUGAACAUGAGCAAGAACGAAAUUGGGGUUAUACAAGGCGGAGCGUUUCGUGGCAUGUCCAGCUUAAAAGUUGUAGAUCUCUCGUGGAACAGAUUGCUAAGAUUGAGUUCGGAUUCUUUCAUGGGACUCGCGUCAAUCGAAGAAAUCGACGUUUCAAACAACUUUCUCAGCCAAAUACCAAUCACUUCAAUGAAAAUUUUACCAACGCUCAAAGUACUACGAAUGGGAUCAAAUCUUCUUCAAAAUUUGGAGGGGACAGUGUUAAAGCAGCUCCCCAAUUUAGAAAUGGUCGAUUUAAGUCGGAAUAGAUUGAGUGAAAUACCCAAAGGAUUUUUCUCAGGCCUUUCACGACUUCGCGAAGUGAACCUGGGAGUGAAUCAACUAAGAACCAUCCCAACUACGGUUUUUGAAGGUCUCCCAUACUUGGAGAAAGUCAAUUUAAUGGACAACAAUCUCCUCACUUUCCCCGCUGCAGCUUUGGAAAAUUUGCAUGGAUUGAACACUUUAAUUUUGGACUAUAACCGAAUAUCUGCACUUCAGCCAAGCCAGCCCUCAAAUCUGACGGAAUUAUCUCUAGCUCAUAAUUUGAUUCGUGAAAUUCCACCAGAAACUUUCAAGUCUUUUCCAAACAUGACGUACCUCAAUUUACAAGGGAAUCAGGUUGCAAGUGUGGAAGAGUUAGCGUUGCCUCUAAGUCUCCUUGAACUCAAUUUGGGGUCCAAUCAACUUCGGACAAUUCCUAGAUUCCAGCUGCCAAAUUUAGAGAUUCUCAACUUGAAAGGAAAUCAGGUUGGAGCGUUACUGCAACACAAUUUCGUUCUUUUGGGAAACAUUCGCGAACUGAAUUUGCAAAACAACAUGAUUUCAUCGUUUUUCUCAAAUUCAUUCGACGGUCUCGAUGCCUUAUUGGAUUUGGACAUGUCUGGAAAUAAAUUAGAGUUUUUACCCAAAUUUGGAAAUUUGCUGGAUCUCGAGAUUCUAAACUUUUCAAGGAAUCAUUUGAAAGAGAUUGGAAGCAUAGAAAAUAUGGACGCAUUAAAACUCUUGGACCUGAGCUCUAAUCAACUCACGAAUUUAAAUGCAGACAUAUUCAAAAACACGUCCAGCAUAAUAUCCUUAUACCUUCAGGACAAUAAGUUAACUUCAUUCCGCGGAUUUAGUGGAAAGUUUGAUCGGCUGAAAACAUUGGAUUUGCACAACAAUCAAAUUUCUUACGUUUAUCCAAACAGCUUUGAAAGCUUUGGGAAUUUGUGGAAUCUGAACAUGAAUCAGAACCGAUUUUCUCUAUUUCCAACAGAGUUUCUGAAACCGUGUAAACAAUUGAGAUACAUCGGCCUGUCGAAAAAUCACCUAAAGAAUUUAAACGAGAUGAACUUUUCCAAUUUUCCAUUCCUCCGUGAGCUUGACCUUAGCGGAAAUGCAAUAGAACUUGUAAUUCCAAACGCCUUCUUGAACUCCACACAACUGCAGAAAAUUAAUUUAUCCGGAAACAAAUUAGAGAAUUUGGAUUCAAACAUCUUCAGGGGUCUCCUUCGACUUGAGCUUGAUCUUUCUGACAACUACUUGAGCAGUCUCCCUCCCACGCUCUUUGAUCGGGGUCAUGUCCAAAAAUUGCAAGAAAUCAAAUUAUCUCGCAACUCGUUUGCUUCCAUCCCAUCCGACGCCUUACAAAAACAAUAUUUUUACCUGGAAGAACUUCACUUGGCAGAAAACAAGAUUACCUCAGUAGCACCGAACCUGAACAUUUUAGUGAAUGUCAAAUCUCUCGAUCUUUCAUUUAAUCCGUUGGACGAUGCAUCUCUGAAGAAUAUACUUAACGAGCCCAAAACUGUUCGGAUUCUCAACUUGGCAAAUUGUUCUAUUAAAGCGUUGCCCAUUUUGGAAAUGCCAUUCUUGAGAGAACUAAAUCUCUCUGGGAAUAGCUUGCAUUCUUUUGGAGACACCGUUUUCCAGAGAUCGACUCUACUGGAGAAGAUGGAUUUGUCCAAAAACCAGUUUGCCAACCUCGACUACACACUUCCUCCAAGUCUUAAACAGCUUUCACUCUCUUCAAAUCCCUUAACUGUAAUUGCUGGAGGAAAUUUUCCCCAAUCCCUUCAAUCACUUAAACUCAAUUCACUCCCUUCGUUACUAAAAGUUGAGAAAAGUGCCCUUGUCCUGAAAAAUCUGGUGGAACUAGAAUUGUACGACUUGCCCAAACUGGGUUAUCUGGAUAUUAGAGGAAUCCUCACCAAUGUCAAUUUCCUCGAAGGAUUCGAUUUUGAAGUGAAGGAUACCCAAAUUGUGGAUCAACUUCAUCCAGGUCUCACUGCAAGAGUAAACCGAAUUGGACUUCGGGGUCGAAGAGUACGUUCCAUUUCGACGGGUGCCUUUGCUGGACUGACGUCACCGUCGAUAUCAAUCUCACUCAUUAAUACGUCUCUCUCCCUCCUUCCCUCCAUUCUCGUCCCUGUGCCAAUGUCAUCUCAAGUCAUGUUGGACUUAACGGGGUCAAAGAUCACCAACCUUAGCCCACCAUUCCUCAGCCAAAAUAUUCAACUUAGAGGACUUGUACCAACGUGCGAUUGCAAUGCAGUCAAUCUCGUGAGAUACUUGCAGGCCACGGAGACUAACAAUGUAUUCUGUGGAGCACCCAGAAAACUGGAGGGCACAUCCGUUCUCUCUUUGACCCCGGAUGAUCUGACCUGUGACUCUGGGUCCAGCACAACUUCGCCGCCAGAACCUUCUUCUAUUUCUACCACUACCACGACUUCCACAACGCCCACCCCCUCCACAACCGAUGACAUUAUCUGGUCUGUUGCCCCCAGUACGAAAUCAUCCUCCAAAUCUGGGAAACAAUCUUCAAAGACAAACAAGAAAGUUCUAGACGCCAGUAACAAGUCCAAAUCAGAAGUUAACAAUAUGGACUCUCUCAUUUUCGGAAUUGUUGGUGGUGUCAUUGUUCUCAUCGUCCUCUUUGUCAUCAUUAUUGUCUGCUUCGUCAAGCUGAGUAACAGUUCUUCAUCAACGGAUGGUAUAUAUCCCCCCGCUGCUCCCUCAGUGGUUAGUAUGGGUCCACAUCAAAUUUAUGGGCCCGUCGGCACCCUGGGAUCUAAAUGCACGUGUUCAGGGGGCAAUAAGGGUCAUCCUCAUCACAUGCAUCCACACGGGGGCUACAUGAUGACUUCGGCAGGUCCGUAUGGGACUGUGAGGAGCAAUGUGGGGAAAAUAUACGGGGGUGGUGGGGGUAUUUAUGCUGUCCAACAAGGACAAGCUGGUCCUCCCAGUUUGCACUCCCUUUCCGGAAUGCCAAUGUCAAUGGGGCCUCCGAGCCUUAGUCCUUAUGUCAAUGCAACUUAUGCCAACUCGGGACCUGCGUCGCUCAGACAUCAUCACCAACAACAACAUCAUCACCAUCAGCAGCAGCAGCAACAACAAAUGCAGUAUAGUUCCAACAUGCAAGGAUACUAUGGUCAAGAUAGUGAUUAUGAAAGUAGGAGAUAAUUAACAAGUCUUAGUUAUUCUAUAGAAAAUACUUGUGGAAAGUUGAGUCAUUUUGAUAAUUGUUGUAAAAGUAAAAUUAAGUGUGAUUGUGAAUGAACUGCGUAUGCAUGCAGAAGUCUUAUUUAUGUGUGUAUAUAAAAGUAAACAAUGCAAUUCUAUGUAUCUAAUUAUAACUUUAUAAAAAUGAUAUUUGCAUGUUCGCCUUCAUUCUUUGUAAAAAUAUUUUGCAAGAUUUGUACGAUUUUUUAUGGGAGACUCGAGAUAUGUAUGUACUAAAAUACGGGACAGUUAUAUAGCCAGAAAUAACAAUUUAAUUUAUUAUACAUACAUAUAUUAACGUAUAUAGUUCUUUAAUUAAAUGUGCCUUAUUUACGGGUAGUUGUUAUACUUGCUCAAACUCGAUAUACUUUUUUAUGGUGUUUAACUUAUAAAAGGGCAAUAAAUUUGAGACUCAUUGUUUAAG